AUGCCAUCACACAUCGGUCCAGUACUAGGACGCAGCUCUUAUAUUGAUGAUAUCGCCCAUGGCGCGAAAACAUGGAAUCAACUUUGUGAAGAUCUGGACACCUUGCUUUAUCGCUUACGUUACUGGAAUAUAUCAGUGAAUUUAUCAAAGAGCGAGUUUGGAAAGCGAUCAAUCCCCUAUCUGUCACACGAAAUCAGUGCAGAAGGCAUCCGAUCGACCCCAAAAGUCGCGAAGGGUGUUAUGGAUCUACCGCUGAACUAUUACCAUAAAUUCAUUGAAGACUUUCCGGUAGUUGUAGCAGUUCUUUAUGACGGUAGUGGCAGCAGUUCUUUAUGA